GUUUCUGAGCGUUACCUUCCUGCAGAACUGGGUCCUGCUACACUCGGAGCAAGCGCCCAUGUUCUUGGAGCAGCACUGGUGCACUUUUCGAUUCCCUAGCACGGUUAUAAAAAUCCAGUUCACGUCUUUAUACCAUAAAGAGGAAGCAAAAGAGGAAGCUUCGUCGCCUCCCCUUCGGCCGCUUUACCCUCAAAUAUCACCUCUGAAGAUCCACAUUCCGGAGCCGGAUCUCCGGAGCGUGGUCAGCCCCCUCCCGUCCCCCACAGGCACUAUCAGUGUUCCCAACUCUUGCCCGGCCAGUCCACGUGGUGCUGGAUCCUCAGGAUAUCGUUUUGUUCACAACAUUACCUCGGAUCUGCAGCUGGCAGCAGAAUACGCCGCAAAAGCAGCAUCAGAACAGCAGGCAGAUGCAUCUGGCGGGGACAGCCCAAAGGAUGAGUCCAAACCACCGUACUCUUACGCUCAGCUAAUUGUGCAGGCUAUAUCUUCAGCACAGGACAGACAGUUAACACUAAGUGGGAUCUAUGCCCACAUUACCAAGCAUUAUCCAUAUUACAGGACUGCUGACAAAGGCUGGCAGAAUUCCAUUCGGCACAACCUCUCCUUGAACCGUUACUUCAUUAAAGUCCCACGCUCUCAGGAGGAGCCUGGAAAGGGCUCCUUCUGGCGAAUUGACCCUGCCUCUGAAGCCAAACUAGUAGAGCAGGCCUUUAGAAAACGAAGGCAAAGAGGAGUGUCCUGCUUCCGAACACCUUUUGGGCCUCUCUCCUCCAGGAGCGCUCCAGCCUCCCCUACUCACCCUGGCCUGCUGUCCCCUCACUCUAGUGGCCUACAGACUCCAGAGUGCCUGUCGCGGGAGGGCUCGCCCAUUCCACACGACCACGACUUUGGGUCAAAAUUAGCUUCAGUUCCAGAGUAUCGGUAUUCACAAAGUGCACCUGGAUCUCCGGUCAGUGCCCAGCCAGUGAUUAUGGCUGUUCCUCCCCGGCCAUCUACUCUGGUGGCAAAACCAGUCGCCUACAUGCCAGCAUCAAUAGUGACUUCUCAGCAGCCUUCGUGUCACGCAAUCCACGUAGUUCAGCAAGCUCCCACUGUUACGAUGGUCCGAGUUGUGACCUCCUCUGCAAACUCUGCGAACGGAUACAUCCUCACGAAUCAGGGCACCGCAGGAGGAGCUCAUGAAGCUGCAGGAGCAGUGCUGGACUUAGCUGGUGACCACCGAGGCGUGGAUGAAAAGCCAACAAUUGCGUUUGCCACGAUACCUACAGCCAGCCGUGUGAUUCAGACGGUCGCCAGCCAAAUGGCACAGGCCAUUCCAGGACAGACAGUCACGAUCCUUCAGCAGGCAGCUCCGGUGACCAUCGGACAGCAUCAGCUCCCUGUGCGAGCCGUCACCCAGAACGGGAAGCACGCUGUCCCCACCAACAGCAUCACCGGCAGCGCUUACGCUCUUACAAAUCCACUGCAGCUUCUUGCAGCACAGGCCAGCUCGUCCACUCCUGUUGUAGUCAGCCGGGUAUGCGAGACGGGGACCGAGGAGACAGCAGCAGCCCCUGCCAGUGAACCCGAAGUCAAAAGACCCCGGAUAGAAGAGCCCAGCGGAGCGGUCCCAGCCCAAACUGGUGUCAUCACAUCUGCAAUGCCACAAGGACAGGCAACCAGUGAAUGAAGAACCGGUGGGAAGAGCUGGCAUGGUGCGGGGUGGGCAUGGGAUGGCAGCAGCCCCUAAAGCAGCUUUCAGAGAAAACAAGCCACAACUGUAACAGCUUGAAACAUAGAGAAUAAAAAGCUCUUUUUAAAGCCAGAUUUUUUAAAAUGGGAGGUCAACAGCUGUUAGAAUCACAAGGUGCCAAAAAGAAUGAAAAACUCCUCCCAAGAACCCAUAUCUGGAACUCUGUUCCGUCUUUACCUAUGGGAUAUUUUUCCUCCCUUUUUUUUUUUUUAAGAUUCCAAAAAAAAAUAUACAGACAACUGAUUGGAAGACUGCUGGGAUUUUUUUUUAAACUGUCUUUUCCCCUUUUGGCUCCAAGGGGAUGGGAUUUGCAGUUCAGCAUCUAAAGGAAUGUAACACAGAUACAGUCUGCUCCCUGGAAAGAAAACUCCUAAUUUUUUUAUGCCUUAAUACUCAGCUUCUCAGAGCUUUGAAAUGUAGGACCAUUUAAAAGGGCCACUUAAGGCAAUCAAAUGCUGAAAGAUGGGUGCAGUAUCUCACAACAGCAGCAUUAAAGAAACAUGGUACCAAGCUUAAAGAAAAAGGCAGAAUGGUGUUUUUUUUAAUAGAAAAAUUCUGAAUAUGAAUGAAUGUUUAUUUAUGUGGGGAUUCAGGAGGAAGAGUUACACAGCUCAACCCCCUGGAUUUCCGAACGCAAUUUCUCUCCAUUCCCUCUGAGGGAGAAUAAGGUAACAGAGGAACUGUAUUAAUUUGGUUCCUGAAAAGAAAUUAAAAACAAAGGGUUUUGUACCUUCAAUGUUUUCUUACAAUUAUUCAUCACUUUUUCUGGACUUCAGCCUAAGUAUCUUGAUGA